AUGAGUUCAAAAAUCGAAAUCGGAAGAGGGACAUUUGGGAUAGUGUUUCUGGAAACGGAUUUCCAUCCCGUAACAGCAUCCAAAUAUAUUCUCAAGUCAAGCGAUCCGAAAAUUGAGCAGACAUUUCAACGAGAAUGGGAAGCGCUAAAGCUUCUCUCUCAUCCAAACAUUGUUCAAGUCUAUGAGCUAAGUGAAGAAGACUUUUGCGGAAAGCCAUAUCAUGUGAUUAAAAUGGAAUUUUGUGUUAGAGGGUCACUCAGACAAGUCAUCAAUAAUCGAAAGAUCAUUUACUCGAUGAAAACAUUUUCUUGUUGGGCGGAACAUCUUUUAGCUGGUUUGGUCUGUCUUGAAAAUCAUGGAAUCAUUCAUCGAGAUUUGAAACCAGAAAAUGUUCUGGUGACUCGAGAUUGGAUUUUGAAAAUUGGGGAUUUUGGAUGUGUUCGGAGAGAAAAUGACACAAAAGAGUUGAGUAAAGAUGGCACUCUUCGAUAUAUGAGUCCCGAAUGUGCUGGAUUUGGAAUGGCGACCGGGAAGAGAAAGGUGACUUGCAAAAGCGAUCUCUACGCAUCCGGGCUAAUCAUGUGGGAAAUUCUAGAAAGAAGAAAAGUUUUCACAGAACUCUCAGAAUAUACCGUUCUUCAAAAUCUCAUGCGUGGCAUCAAUAAACUCGAAUGUUUAGAUGCUCCUUUUGAAGUAGUGGAUCUCAUUUCUCGCUGUACUCGAAUAGAACACAACCAAAGACCAAAGGUGAAUGAUGUUCAUAAAGUGAUGGUUGGAAUUCGGAGGGCUUAUUCAAAUAUCGAAUUUGAACCUAUAAUCGAAAUUGACAAUGAUACUUUGGUAAAACCAAUCGCUUUUGAGCAAUUCAAUGUAAAGCAAAGCACCUCGACAAUCGGAAUUAUUGAUGAUUCAUCGACAAACAUUACGCUGAAGAACAACUUGCAAACUUAU